AUGCUGAUGUUAAACUACAUGAUGUUCUGCAGCGAAUGCGCCAGGCACCCACCUUGCAACUUUAUUUGUCUAGUUCUUACGGUGAUUGGAAUGAGUAUCCUUGUUGCAGCAAUAACUUGUCGGAUACGAACGAAUUUGAUAUUUUACGCGUUCAUUGCCACGGCGGCUGUUGUUUUCGUCUGUGUGCUGUUGGCCUGUUCAAGUAUAUUAAUAAUAGAGCUGCAGACCAUACUAGGAGGCCGGACAGUGGAGAUUGGGGAAUCCGACUACGCUAUAGCCGCGUUUAUGCUUUACACCAGCAUCAUUGACCUGUUCCUCAAGAUUGUACAGAUGCUAAAUCUUUUUGACGACUGA